AUGUCAUCCUCCAAAGACCCCACCGAUCCUCCGCGGUUGGAAUCCAAAUUCCAAAAACCUGCCCGGCAAUCCGUGUUCGAGAAGCAAAAGGCCGAGGCUGAAGCCAAGCGUAAGCGCGAGGCUGCGGAAACCGCCGCCGUAUACGAAGACUUUAUCAAGAGUUUUGACCACGAUGACAAUGACGAUGGGGAGCACGGCGCGUCGGCGCAGCGGAAUCAGCGGCCUGGGUUUGGCAACUUUGGAGGGCCGCCGCCCUCGGGUCCCAGCGGCGCAUCGCGGCGACACUUUGGCACGUCGUCGGGGAUGAAGAGCGGGCCAGGGAGCUUGGGGAUGUCGCCUAUGCCCUUUGGAAAGAAGCGGUCCUUUAAUGAUUUCUCCAAGGAAUCAGAGGGCAGAGCUACGUUGAAGUUUGAGGACAAGAGCGACGAUGAAGAGAUGGUUGACCGAGCCGAGGAGAAGGCUAUAGCGAGGCCGACUCUACGGCUAUCCAAUCUUCCUCCAGGAAUAUCCCCCGCCACGAUCAAAUCACUAUUGCCUGCGAAUCUGACAGUCGAGAAUGUCAAGAUUCAACCUCCAGCUGGACCUGGAGGAUCUGAGAGGAAGUGCACGGUUGCCAUCGUGACCUUGUCUAAAGAGACUCCUGCUACCGAUAUGGAUGCUGCAGUAAGCUCGUUGCAGAACAGAUACAUGGGCUACGGCUAUUAUCUAUCUCUUCAUCGCCAUCUUUCCUCCGCCGUUAGCAACUCUACGCUAUCAGGGCUGGCAUCUUCCGCCUCUGCAUCUCAGCCUUUUGGGGCAAAGCCGGUAGACCAAGACUCUGGAGCUGGUCACAACGAUCAUUCACGACAUGGAUUUCAACGGGGAUUCGCCCCACCGCCUUCAUACUCUCACGGACAAGGGGGUGUAAAUCGAGCUGGCCUAUUAUGCGUGCCGGUCAAGCCGCCUCAGGAUAUACGAAUGAUUCGAUUAAUCAACAAGGUGAUUGAAGGUGUUCUUGAACACGGGCCCGACUUCGAGGCUCUACUCAUGUCUCGCGCAUCAGUUCAAAGAGAGGAAAGAUGGGCUUGGCUAUGGGAUGCAAGGAGCCAGGGCGGCGUUUGGUACCGAUGGACACUUUGGGGAGUGGUUACCGGUUCGAAUCUGCAGCAGAAGAAGGGCAAAUAUGUCCCGCUCUUUGAUGGAGGCCAUGCGUGGAAAACGCCAGAAACGGGUCUUCGCUUCGAGUACACCACGAAGCUAGAUGAGUUCGUUUCGGAUGGGGAGUAUGACUCUUCAGAGGAUGAAGACUUUGACGGGGACGCAAACCGUGACGGCGGUCCGACCGGCGAGGAGGAGAAGACAUUUCUCAACCCACUGGAAAAGGCCAAGCUCGUUCAUCUUUUAUCCCGUCUGCCCACCACAAUUGCAAAGGUUCGCAAGGGGGAUAUUGCGCGAGUAACGGCCUUUGCCAUUACCCACGUUAGCCGCGGUGCAGAUGAAGUUGUCGACUUGAUUGUCUCCAACCUUGAGCGGCCACUAUCCUUGGCGGUUACCAACCCGGAUAAGAAAAAGGAAGGCAAAGGAGAGCAGCAGACAGCAGGCACAGAGGAAGCUUCUGCUGCCGCAAGUGAAAAUACAGACGCAAGCGCGGCUACCUUGGUUGGCUUGUAUGUGACAGCCCUGCGCUCUAGGAAGGUGUUUGAACGCCUAGGAAUGAUGGCUGAGAAACUGGGCUGGGGUCGACUACGCGCAGAAAAAUGGAAGCGAAGCGUUACCCUUGUGUUGAAUCUGUGGGAAGGGUGGUGCGUCUUUCCAGUUGAGAGCCAUGCCCUAUUUGUGAGUGCAUUUGAAAACCCACCAUCUCUCAAGGCACAAGAAAAGGUCGACGAUUCCUCCAAGAAGGGAAAGUGGAAGGUUGUCGAAGCCAAUCAGACCGCGCCUACAACGUCUGAGCCUGCUAUUACUGGUGAUGCCGAGGUGCCGGUGCAGCAACAGCAAGAGGAAGCGGAGGAGGAGGCAUUGGGCGAGCCCAUCGAAGAAGAUGACGUUGAUGGCGAGCCCCUUGCAGAUGAAGACCUAGAUGGAGAACCGAUUGAAGAUGAUGACGACGACGUAAUUGGGGAGCCUAUGGAUGAAGACGAUGACGAUGAGGACGCGUCUGAUGCCGGUAAAGGUAACGGGCCUGAACAGCCAGGCGCUGAUGAUGCAAAGCCUAAUGAUACACCAGAUGAUGGAGAGACGGAUGUUCAAGCAGAGUCACACUCUACGAGCCGAGGACAGCCUAGGAGGCGAAUGCGAGCGGCUGACAUGUUUGCCGAUUCGGACAAUUCGGAC